GCGAGAGGGUGCGACGGUGGGGGUAACCGGUAGCUCGGACAGCUCCGUGCUUCUUCGGCGCGAUUCGAGCGCUCAGUCCGACCCGGACGUCCGUGGGAGAUGUGUCUGUCGCUUUUUCGCCGCCGGCACGUACGCACGCAAGGACGCACCGGUGUUGUUCGCGCACGUUGCUCUCGUCUUCAAAUAAUAUAACAAUCCUCGUUAUAGGACAAUCGAACGAACGAUUCUCGUCGUCCACGUUUUCCUUGAAAACGAUCGCAGAGAUUUUUUCUCUUUUUUUUUUUUUCUCGCCUCCCCCCCCCCCCUCCCCCAACAAGUCGACGAGAAGAAAGAAAAAACAACAAAGGUCAUCGUCGUCGUUCGUUUACAUUAUCGUUUACAUCCCUCGCGGGACGCGCCAAACGACUCGCGUGACUUUUUCUCCUCUCGUUUAUCUCAAAGGAUAUAAUAAUAUUUAAGAGGACUCGAAUUUUUUUGAGGGAAGAAAAAGGGAGAAAGAAAAUUUCGUAUUCGGAGUGUGAUAGAACAGACCAGUAACAGAACGGACGAGCGAGAGUAGGUUGCUCGAGAGAGAAAAGGUGCAUCGAGGGACGAAGAAGUUUUAAGUGCGACGGAUAUUCAACUACGACGUCCAUCUUUGAUUUUUUACGAUUUAUUAUUAUAUCGUGAAAGACGACGACGAGUACGACGGGUUCCAAGUAUAAUUUCAAGAAUUGAAGAAAGGAUGAUGAAAAUAAUAAAGGUUGAAGAGUUAUUACCGUGAGAGAAAGAGAGAGAGAGAGAGAGAGAGAGAGAGAUAAAGAGAGAAAGAGAAAAAAAGAGGGAGAGAGAGAGAGAGAGAGAGAGAUGAGAGAGAAAGAGUGAGAAAGAGAAGGAGAAACGACUGAAAGUGUCGAAGGUUUUUUUGUUCGAGCGACUACGAAGGGCGACGAAGGAAAACGAAGUUCGGGCGAAUGUAUAAAGGGGUGAAAGAGAGGAAAGAGAGGAAAAAGAGAUAGAGAAAGGCUGAGGAAGGAAAUAGAAAUAUAGAGAUUCGUGGUUCCGGUUAGUUUCUACUGUGUGUCACGUGACCUUAUAAAGGAUAUUUACUGUGCUUCGUGUUUUUUUUUUUUUUACGACGAUCGUGCUUGCUUUCUCUUCCUUCGUCCUGUUGAGAAAAGAGAAAAAGAGGCUCUGGCUUUAUUUCUUCGUUUAAGAGACAUCAAGACUACUUCUUUAUUGAAAUCUGCGUUCUACUUGGAAAAAUAAACCAACCAACCAACCAACCAACCAACCAACCUACCAACGGAAUAACGGUUAUUGCGCCUGCCAUUUCUACGAGUCUCGCGGUAAAAGAGAGAGAAAAAAUCUUUGACAUUUCAAUAAUUCGCCCGCGAUAAAACCGUGUCGAGUGUAGUGUGCUACGUUGAACGAGUACGCAAGGACGAAGAAGAGAAGACGGUCAAGUUACGUCGUACGAAUCACACCGGAUUGCAAAAUCGGUGCAUACUGAAGCAGAGAGGGCUGUGAUGAGGGAAGCAGGCUAGAAGGAAGACCCUGUCGCGCAAGCGCCGGUAGGAGCACAAGAAAGAUGCCGCCAUCCUCGAGAGCCUUAUUAAGCCCGGUGCUGCUUCUAAUCUUCGCAGGAAGCAUCGGUGCCUUCAACUCGCGACAAGGAGAAUGUACGUUUCCACCGCGUUGGGAAGGCACCUGGUUUCAAAGUGGCGUGAGGCAAUCGAUUGUAAUAUCCAGGAAUGAGCUUUCCAGUAAAGGCAGGUGUCUCCACAAUGAGGGGGACAAAUUCCUUUUAGUCGACAUGAAAUCCUGCUACCGCUGCGUCGUCAUUCACGAGAAGCACUCCAAUGUUCUCCAGUACAAAGAGACUUACUGCCACACUAGAAACUCCUUGUCGUCUUUAUGCUCGUACAUCACCGGCGAUGCGCUCCUGUACUCAAUGUUUCGCGAGGAGGCACUCCCAGUACCGUGUCCCUUUCGAGGACCAAUGACCUUCUCGUAUAAUCGAGGUCAUGGUACUUGCUCGAUUCCACAAAGCAAUGUCGACACGUGCACGGACGACAGUCGACUCCUUUUCAGGUAUCAGGCCUGUCCAGACGUUUCCGCUUCUGAAAGUGCCGUGGAGGAGCUCGAGUGCCUGGCCACAUGGAAGGAGGGUAGCAGCCGGUACCUCGUCGGCCGUUUACAUCACAACCACGCGUCGAGCAACGAAGAUCGAUACCGAUGCUUCGUCUACGAGAAGGCCAGUCAGACGGUGCAGGGCAAUCUAAACAGAGCUGCCAUGGGCAUGGGCGCCAUGCAUCAUGACGUCGCCCUACCGAGUGGACCGGUGCCCGAGGGCGCGGCCGAAAUAUACCGGGUGGCUCAGAGUGGUGAUGCUACUUGCAAUGGCCUUUCCAGUCCUAUGGAGGGCUCUAGAACAAUGACCUUGAAGAAAGUCUCAUCACCAGGCGAAUGCCGUUUCCCGAGCUGGCUGACUGGUCAUAGUAGCGGAGGACUCACAUGGCACACACUAGAUCUCGCAAGAUCCUAUACCUUUCAUCCUAGAAACGCUUCCCUUCACGUAGCUCGAUCAAACGGUAGUUCCUCCAGGUUCGACGGUGGCUCUUUGGAUGGACAGUAUAUUCCUGGACAAGAGGAUCAAGAUGUGAAAAUUCUUUGCAAUAGUAUAAAACAAUCGAACGCUGCUCCGGGCAUGAUAAUGAUCAUGCUUGUUGCCCAUUUCACAGUUGGAUGCCGAAGCGGUUAUAUGUGCAUGGCAUUUUAUCGAAGAGACGGUCACGUUAUAGAGGUACAAACAGGAAGUGCCAUUUCAAGACCGGAAGAAGCCUGCAGUCCACCACAUUUUCAACACAGUAUACCCUACCUCACAUUAGUUACGAGUUCACCGGAACUACGCCAGUGUCCUUACCUUGGUAAAUUCACGGUAACCGGAGUUAACCAUAAUCAGAGAAACACUCGUGAAAGUCGUAGAAAUCAACAUCAAGAGUCUCUGACGAGCAGACACGAGGGUGAAAAGGUUAGACAUGCUCAGGAACGGAUAGUCGAGGACCGUCGUGGUCGAAGUAAAAUCGAUUUUGAACUUGAGAAGAGACGAGCGAACAACGAAUAUCUCGUGCGUGAGCGAAUGGGUAGACGGGCCAGAUCGAAUCGUAAUAACAGAAGUCACAGAGAUCAACAGGAGUCCUCUUCUUCGUCGAGAUUAGUUUCAGAAUCACAGGAGUUGAUUCAUAGGGAACACGUUUCGCAUUUAAAGACGAAAAAACGAGAGAAAAUUUCGGACGAGAUUGAUAACGAAGAAGAUGGUGAUGAUGGAUCGAGCAGAUCGAAGAGAAAUUCGAAAAUGACGGAUUUCUUGGAAGACUUUACCGAGUUCGCUCAUAUGAAACAAUUCUGGAUGCCGAACUUCGACGACGUGGGAAAGUCGGCCAUUUUAGAAGUCGACGACGACGAAUACUUCGGGGAUUAUCCUGAUACCAAGAAAGCACCGAAGAAGAGAUCGUCCCAAGGCAUUCGAUCUUACAAGAGCAUGUCCUUUGCGGAUCUCACGAGGAUGCGACGAGACCUCGAGAAUCUUGUACACGAAGAAGAAAUUACGAGCGAGACCAGAGAGAAGAGAGAGGAGGUUGAAUCAAGAUGCAAUGCUGAGAUCACCACUCUUACAGUUGGCUGUUCUACCGCAGACAGAAUGGAGUUUCAAAGCGACUGCGUGGAUGAGGAUGCAGUUACCGCUUACUCCUGCCAUGGAAGGUGGAUAGAUGCGGAGGGUACUCAGUUCGUGAUCGCGACCCCACUCGCGCGCAGAACAACGUGGUCGAACGAUAACAACAGGCCGCAGCCCUACAGGAACACCCAAAGAUUGUGCUUCAUGUACAAAGAGAGCGGUGGGGUUGUUAGUUUAACUGCCAGCCCCGUGGCGUGUCAAAGAGGCAUCCCUCCACCCGCACCGAUGUUGGCCUUCAACGCGACCAGCACCGGUCAAUGUAUGGAGGAGAACAACGGGCAGAUGCAUCGAGCGACGUACCUGACGAUAAUCCUGUUGACGGCGGUGGUCGUGAUAUUUAGGUGAUUCUAAUCGAAAAGAUGACGACGACGACGAGAACGACGAGAACGACGAGAACGACGACGACGAAGACGACGACAACGACGACGACGACGACGACGACGACGACGACGACGACGAUUUUCGAGAGAAGCGUUGAACGACCUUCGUGGGAAAAUGUUUUAUCGACGAGGAUGCCGAGCGACGAGGGAAAAAAAAAAGAAGAAGGCAGAGCGAGAGAGACCGCCUCUGGCGCGAAGCAACGGCAGCGAUCGUUCGAACGUCGAGGCCAAUGGAAAAAGAUGGUGGAAGAGAGGUGGAGAAGGAGGAGAAGGAGAGGGAGGAAGAAGUACAGGAUGCCCUGCUGCUGGUGAAAGAGGAAGGAGACGUGGGACGGAGAAGAGGAAGAAAGAAUCGAUUCACCGGCUUUGACUGCCUUCGGUCGAUAGGUCCUGCCAAGUCUUCUAUCUCUUUCUCUCUCUCUCUCUCUCUCUCUCUCUUUCUCGCUUUCAUUCACUCUCCUUCUCUCUUUCUCUGUCUCUUCCUUUCUCUCUCUCUCUCUCUCUCCCUCUCUCUCUUUCUCUCCCUCUCUCUCUCUCUCUCCCUCUCUCUCUCUCUCUCUCUAUCUAUCUAUCUCUCUUUCUCUCUGUCAGGAGAAAUUCGUGCUCGUACGAUCAUCGUUUUGGGAGUAAAGGGAAAAGGAGAGGAAGAGGAGGAGGAGGAGAAGAUAAAGGGGAGAGAAUCAGCUCGACCGCCAGAAGGUACAAACUCCGCACACUAUCGUCGACCGUCGAUCCUUUGAGGCGAGCCGGUGAUCUUCGAUCCGUGAACGAAAGGAUAAGGAUGCACCCGGAGAACGUGUGGACUCUUUUUCCUUACUACGGUCAAACGAACGAACGAUGAGAGAGUAAGAAAUAGAAUGAGAGAGGGAGAGAGAGAGAGAGAGAGAGAGAGAGGAACAGAAAUAUAAAGAGAAAGAGAGAGGACCAGCUGUAUGUACAAGCGAGAAAAUACGCGUUUUCCUUCGUCUCUCGACACUUCUCGCCAAUACGGCCAGUAGCUUUUUUUACCGACACGUUGUGUACACAUGUAGCUCGUAGUAAACGCGCGCGUGCUAGAUAAUUAAAGUCCUCGAUAAGAGAAGAAAAGGAUGAACGAACGAACGAACGGUUUACCGUGGUCGGACCAUAUCAAAGCGAGGCAAGGAUCGGUCGAUCGUUCGUUCUGUUUCUUUCUUUUUUGGACACGAAGGAUUACGCGAGGAAAGAGAGUAGAAAGAGAAAACGAGAGAGUAAGAGAGAGAGAGAGAGAGAGAGAGAGAGAGAAAGAAUGAGGGACCGAUCGUGAAACGAAAUAUAAGCGCGGUAAUCUCGUUCUAGCUAGUAAGCCAAGCGACGAGGCGGGCUCGUUAUCUUCUAAGGUAGGAACUACAUAGACAGAGAGACUAUCCUUGAUAAAAGCAGAGACGACGACGGGCAAUUUACUCUGCAAACGUUUCCCUCCUGGAAUCACGGUGCUCGCCAGACUUCUCCAUCUUUUAUAUAUAUAUAUAUAUAUAUAUAUAUAUAAACCCACUUUAGGCGACGUAGGCGCCUUUAAUUUAUAAUUAUAUAUGUAUAUAUAUGUAUAUAUGUAUAUAUAUAUAUAUAUAUAUAUAUAUACAUCCAAGAAAUGUAUUUAUCCAUCCAUGGCUUGCCUAGGAGAGGAUGUCAGAAGAAAACCGCCGAAACCGAUGGAGAAUCGUGAGCGUACUAUAUCGGCACGAGAUCAAAUUCCAUGACCUUUCGUUGUGUGUAUGUUUGUGUAUAUGUGUCUAUGUGUGUAUUGACAGUGGAAACGAAUUUUAGAGUAAAUCGCCCUACGACGAUUGAAAAGUGACGAUUUCUUCUCAAACGCCAAGGAUAAUUUUAAUGUUUUUGCCUGUAUAAAAAGAUUAUUAUAAAGCGACGAGGGCUAUGUAAGAACAAGUGAUUCAACGCAAUACAACCUACUCGAUAAUACAUAUAGGAAAAUGACUAUUUUAUGCGACUAAUAGGAUGAGAGAGGGAAAUGAUAGAUAGGGAGAGAAAGAGAGAGAGAGAGAGAGAGAGAUACGAACGAUGUGAAAGGACAGUGAGAAGGGGAGAGAGAAAGAGGUGAGAACGAUAAGUGAUGUGAAAUAGAAGUUAAAGAAGACGAAGGAAAAUUUGGAAAAUUUUAUACUUCGCUGCACAUUUAUAUGUCGUCGUAUAACUGUGAUCGAUUUUUUUUUUCUUUCCGACGAGUUCGCCUAAAACAGAAGAGAGAAAGAGAGAAAGAAAGAGAGAGAGAGAGAGAGAGAGAGAGAGAGAAAGAGAUAUAGCCAAAGAAUAGAGAAGAUUUAUUCUUGCAUCUCUAAUCCGCGUUGCGAAUCUCUUCUAAACUCUUUCUCUCAUAUCCCUCCGACUCGACCUCGAUGCGAUCGCGAACCUUUUUAUUUCUAUAGUUUCUCGUAGAGAGAAAGAGAGAGAGAGAGAGAGAGAGAGAGAGAGAGAAAUAAAUAAAGAAAAGGAAAAGAAAGAGAAUAGGGAAAGAUUUUGUUUUCGCAAGGGCACCGAGGUCUCUCCCUUUUCUUUCUUUUUUUUUUUUUUUUUUCUUAUAGCGUAAGGAAUAAGCAAUAAAAAACGCGCAAUGGCUGAACGCUCGAUAAAAGAGAGAAAGAGAGAGAGAGAGAGAGAGAGAGAGAGAAAAUAAAAAAAGGAAUAAAAAAAAAGAAAAGCGGCAAUUAAAUGGCGUAAACGAUUAAUCGUAUUUACGAGAGGUAACUCGACGACCUUCGUAGAUAUAUUGAUCGGGAGAAAUGAUUAUAUAUCUAUUGUGUACCGAUUUUCCCUUGAAUUCGGAUUGAAUCUAUUUGCGAAAUGAAAAAAGCUUCGAAGGAGACGGUGACGUAAGGAACGGGCGAAUGCAAACGAUAUUAUUGUAACUAAUACAGAGUCUAUAUAUUAUAUUAUUGUACAACCAUCUUUGUAAUAAUUAACCCAAACCGAGUGACGAGAGGAUAAACAAAAGGAGGAGACGUGCAAUGAGAACAUUUGACAAUGAAGAGAAAACAUGAGAGUGUUCGUAUGCGUGUGCGUGUAUGUGAUUUUAUGUGAGAAAGAAAGAGAGAGAAAAAGAGAGAGAGAGAGAGAGAGAGAGAGAGAGAGAGAGAGAAAUGGAAUGCGACCGAAAUAGAGGAUGACACAGUGAAACAUAAAAAGAAAAAAAGCCAAUCGCUAUUUUACCACUUUUUCAAUCGCGUUAUCGUAGUUUGUAUACUAUUAAACUUUUCUUCGAUUUAUCGUUAAUUACGUAAACGAAAACCAUCGUCGGACGUUCCGCGAAUAAAUCCUCGUGUUUAAAUGAAAUUGCAAUUUAUCUUCCCUAAUGUAAACGUCUUAUUUACUUAACAUUUUCCAUUCGUAGUUUGUUUAUCUUCUCGAACGUUAUUUUUCCUUUACCAAACUUCCAUGUCAUUCUAAUUACUUUUACAUCAAUCGAAACUUUAACGUCCUUCGUAAUAUUCGAUAUUGUAUCAAGUCAAAUUAAAAAUUGAUUUACAAAGGAUGAAACGUAAUAAUUAACGACGAUGGUUUUUUUGAUCCAGUUUUGUGAUUUCGUGGUUCUCCGAUGAUAAAGGAACCUAAUCGAGAUUAAUUUUUUUUUUUUUUUUUAUCUCCUCGAGUACCUCGGUACUACACAUGACGAAUAAAAUCUCUUUAUUGUUAUUGUAUCGUCAUAUUGCGCACACAGAAGAUGAAAGGAAAGAAAAAAAAAAAAAAAGAAAAAAACGGAAAACAAGAAAAAAAAGAAAAAAACAAAAAACGCGAUGCUUUAUCGGGCCAGCUCGCAAGGCACCUUUUAAUUUUUCACGGACAGGUAGGUCUUAGGCGUUAGUAAAUCUUAGCAAAUUAGCAGCAUAGUAAUAACGUAUCUCGUACCUAAGAAAUGAAAAAUAAAAGCGGAGCAGCGUAUUUAGCAUAACGCAUAAAGGAAAGAAUCUUUAGCCGAUAAGAACGUCUCAUAGCUUCGUAGGUGAUAAUAAGCUCAUUGUGACAGCAAUCAGACGUGGCUGCCCCGCGGUCAAAUCGCCAAUAACCUUCUCCCUUUAUCUCCCUUUACCAUCAUAGAUACUCGAUAAUAAAUCCUGACUCGACAUUGAUCUGUCGCACGAUGGAUACAAAUCUCAAAACGUACGCAAAGGAGUUAGAAAGAAUAAUCUAUCGAAGGAAUACAAGCAAACAUUAAUGGGAAUCAUAUUUUAAAAGAUCCUACAAUACGAUUUACAUAUAUACAAUCAAUUUUAAAUGAAUGCGAAUGAAUUUUAAAAUCAACUUCCAGUUAUCUUUUAAAUGUUUUUAAUGGUUUUUCAAAGGGAACAUCGGAUGUCAUUUUUAAAUGAACGAAUGCUCAACGAAAAUCUACAUCGAAAGAUUAACAUACAUACGUGUUUAUACAUAUGUACACAUACACACAUACACACACACACACACACACACACACACACACACACACACACAUGUGAUUGCGACGACGCGACGCAGUGGUCUCAGGCCGAACGAACGACCGCUCUCCGUUGUUUUCGAUUUGCUUGGUGCAAACAGCAUCGAGAAAUUCGAUAAUUUUCCAGAGCAUCCACAAACAUCGUUACUAACCGACCACCUCAAUUCGCGUCGGCUGCACUCUCAUGAAACAUUAUGCGCGCCCCGCUUAAUGAGAUUGAUGCAAUCGCCUGAUGCGUUUAAUGCUACCAAUUUACAUUGGGCCCUAAUAUCGUGCGCGCGCGCAGACAUUCCACUAAUGGAGUCGCUAAUGAGAAACAGAAGCAACCCUUUCACCCAUCCACCCACGUCGUCUCUACCUCUUCGGCUCUGUCUCUCUCUCUCUCUCUCUCUCUCUCUCUUUCUCUCUCUCUCACUUUCUCUCGUCCUCUAUCUAUCUAUCUAUCUAUCUACCUCUACCUCUCUCUCUCUCUCUCUCUCUCUCUCUCUCUCUCUCUCUCUCUCUCUCUCUCUCUCUUUCACUCUCUCUUUCUUCCAUUUUUAACGAUGCAUAUAACCGAGUCGUUUAAUUCAACGAACACGAUAAUUCAUUUACAUUAUCCCGAAGAAACUCGUUUAUUUAUCGUUAUUCGAUUGAACAUAACGUAUAACUACGCUGAUUCGAAAAUCAUUAUUAUUAUUAUUAUUAUUAUUAUUAUUAUUAUUAUUAUUAUUAUUAUUAUUAUUAUUAUUAUUAUUAUUAUAAAUCAUGAGAAAUCCUUUCUAUCUUGAAUAUAACAUUCGAUUAUAAAUUUCAAUCGAAGUUAAUCGAAGUGAAUUUUAUCGUAGAAAUGACGUAAAUAGGAAGAAAAGGAUAUCUUAAUUCUUAAUCAACCUCGUGACAAUCCUGAAAUCCGCUUGCGAUUUUAGCAAUCAAAAAAUAUAGGUACCUAUGUGACGUGAUGAGCAGCGAUGCAUUUUAUUAUUCGCGAUAAUGCGUAUAAAUUUAAAUAAUUGUUGGAUAUUUUGUAUGCACGUUCGUUCGUUCGUUGGUUCGUUCAUUCGUUCAUUCGUUCGUUUGCGUAAAUUCAGAUCGGAAAGGCAAUCAAAGAAUUAUCCGCAGUGCGGAUAUAACCACGCGAAACCAGUCCCGACGACGGUUACGAAUGAAGCACGGCUUACGUAAUCGGACUUGUCUGCGUUAACGAUUUUAUGGGACCUCGUCUAAUGGGAUUAUCGGAUUACUUCCAUGUCCGUACGAGUACUCCCUCGCGAUUUAUUACUACCGUACGUUGGUGGAUUAUGCUGCUCAUUCUUGGAUCUCCUUCCUCGUACGAAGCCGCAAUACUCUCGCGGGAACCUUUAAACUGGGCAUUCGUGACACUCGCGGCCGAACGAAUCAAAAUGAAAAGUGCUUUUAAAUCGAAUCGAAGUUCGCAAAAGUAAAGUCGAUCACGUCGAAUAUUUCUUUCAUUGAACGUUCUCAAUCAAGAUCGAGACACGCGAAAUUUAAAUAGCCGAACACUUUUCGUCACCGUCGGACGACACGUCUAAUGGCCUUUUUAUAAAGGUAUUAUAUAUCGUUCGCGAUUUUUCAAAAGUGAACUUCUCGAUCGAUAAGAGAAUGCGAACUUGACUUUAUAAGAACAUUGAAAAGAAAAUAUAAAAUUGAUAUUAUAUCUUAAUAAUUAAACAUUAAGAGUUCCAUAAGAGGAACUACGAUUUCUAAACUCAUCAAAUAAUCUCUCCUUUAGAUAGAUCAAACAUUGUUAAAUUAUUCCUAUCUAAAACUACUAAAUAACGACAAUCUUUUCGUACCUAAUAUCGUGAUACAACAGGCAUGUCAAAUUCAUUUCGAUUAGCGAAUAAAUUAAACUAAUUUGAAUUAACAGAUUGUAUACCAUCUGUUGCAUUUUCCAAAUGUUUCAUCACCUUUUCAUUUUCUUCUUGUAAAAAUGAUAUAUGAUGUAUUAAAAAAGAAACACGCACAUGUACGCACACAGAUGCAAAUUUAAUACGUGAAAUUGUAUACGUGCAGCCAAUGUAUCGUUUAAUCAUUUAAAAAAAAUUUCAUGAGCCUAAUACUUUGACAUGCCUGUCAUAUAAUGGAACCCCUUGAAAAAAAAAAGAAAAAAAAAAAAAAUAAAAAAAAAAAUGAGUGAUCGAGAGAAAUCCCAUUAUCAUCAUUUUCAAUUGCUCGUAUCCAAAAGGGAAAAAAAAAAGAAAAAGAAAAAGGAAAAAAAAGAAAAAAAAAGAAAAACAAGGUCGUAAAAUAAUCGACGCAUUCCCGUCGAAAACUUAUCCCGAGUCGCUAUCCGUUAUUACAAGUCACCCUUCUGUUUCUCAUCCCCUAACGCGCGUGUCUACGUACAAAUACGAUAUCAACGAGGCACCCUUAACAAUCGUAAGAGCGUGGCUUCUAGGUGGUGGUCCAUAGUCGAUAGAUUAAAAACGAGGGAUGCUGUAUAAUACGUACAUACGUAACGAUCCUUUGGCAUAUGGGAACGAAAUGUACGGGAUAAGUUCUCCCUUCGUUUCUCCUUUGCGUACCCUCAACCCAGAAUCGAGGACGUUUUCAAUCAAGGGACAAUCAUCCCUCGACGAGCAAUCGAACCUUUUUAUCGAAUCAUCGUAGACGUGCAUCACCGUUUUCCCUCUUUUUUCUUUCUCCCACCCCGCCUCUCCCCACCGCGCCCUUUUUGCUUCGAACGAUACGUAUAUACCCAUAUAUAUAUAUACAUAUAUAUAUAUAUAUAUAGAUACAUAUGUAAACACACACAAGCAUACAUACAUACCCAUAGAUACAUAUACACAUACAUACAUACAUACAUACAUGCAUACAUAUAUAUAUAUACAUGCAUACAUGCAUACAUGCAUAUAUACAUAUAUAAAUCCUUCGUCAUUCUUCGCCCUAUAUCCAUGGUAGAACGACAAGAAGAUUUUUCGAAACGAUCCAAGAGAAAAAGAGGAGAAAAGAAUCAAUCGCGUUGCUUAUGCAACUUUUCUGUCUUUUCUCCGGUACUCAUACCCAAUUCCAUCUCCCGAGGAUAAAAAUAAAAGAGGAAAAAAAUCGAAAGAACGUAUAGGUGUACGUACGUAUGUGAUAAGGACGUACGAGUGUAAAUAUAUACAUAUAUAUAUAUAUAUAUAUAUAUAUAUAUAUAUAUAUAAAUAUACAUAUAAAUAUAAAUAUAUAUAUACAUACAUAUAGUAUAUAGGAUAUAUGUUAAUAUCGUAUACACGUAUUACAUGAUAUAUUUGGCGAGUAUACGUGCAUCCUUGCGUAUGCGUGCGAGCGACACUAUUCUAUUGGAAUGCAUUACGCACGUAACACGCGACAGGCCGCGGGGCAAUGAUGUAUAGAGAACGAUGAAAGAAUGAAUGAAAGCAUGUGUGCUAUGAGUAUAUGUGUCUAAAAGAGAGAAUGAGAGAAAGAGAGAGAGAGAGAGAGAGAGGAAGGGAGGGAGAGGGAGAGAGGGAGAUAGAAAAAGAAAUAGUGAGGCAUAUUAUUUCCUUCGACUUUUCACGAUACGUGAUUGGAGGAUAACGAAUCGAACUGUUUGUUUUUUUUUUUUUUUUUUUUUUUUUUUUUUUUUUAUAUUUGUUUUCUACCAAUAUAAUUCUUAUAUAUUAAUCUAUUGUUAUGAUAUAAUUUUUACUAUCGUUGUAGUUAAGUAAUGAAAAAUCGGGACGGUUUCGUCGCGUCGAAAAAUAAUUUUUUAAACGAGGACAUUGGAGAAUUUGCAAAUAAAAGAAAGAAAUAAAAAAAAAAAAGGAAAAAGAGAGAAAUAGGGUGUGAGAGAGAGAGAGAGAGAGAGAGGGAGAGAGAGAGAGAGGGAGAACGAACAGAGAUCCAAAUCGAACGAACAUCGACGUUCGAUUCACGAUUUUCAACGACUCGUGAUCGUUUUCCUAUUUUAGCGAGCGCACCAUUAGUGCUCGACCGUCAUUGUCAACCGACUCGAUUUACCGAUAGACCAUAAAAGCCAUCGGCCGCGUUUCGAAACGACGCACUCCGAUUAUGAUCGUUCUCGCGAGCACGAACGUUCGCUGCAUAAUGCGCUUCACGAAUUGUGCAAUUGCGUUAAACCGACGUACCGAGUAUCGGCAUUCUCGUUAAGUAUCGAUUUCUCGAUCGUGAGCAUUAAUAACGAUGGACUUGUAAUGGUAGAAGAAGGUAGAAGCUAUUUUGGCGGGCGAUAUAAACGAACCAAUUGUUAUCGAUAUAUCGAACGAUAGUUUUCUUUUAGCUUUUCUUUUUUUAGCCUUUUUGAUUUCAUAUUUUAUCUUUUUCUUUCUCUUUUUUUCUUUCUUUUUUUUCUUCUUUUGUUCUUUUUUUUUUCUUUUUUUUUUUCUUUUUCUUUCAAUCAUUUCUUUCAAGAAUUUUUCCAGGACAUUUGUUUUUCUUUUCCUUUUCAAUUUAUCAUUCAAUUCGAGUCCUCCUUACGUCGAUGAAAUUUUCUUCCAACGUGAAGAAUAUUAAGAUCAAAAGGGGAAGACAGUCUUAAAAGGCUCUCAUACGAACGACAAAAGCUAUAGAUAUGCGUGAGUAUGUACGCUCGAUGUGUUGUACGAUGCAACAGAAAGUGUAACUCUGAAAUAGCGCGAGUAAAUGGAAAAAGAUGGUAGAGAAUAUAAGUGUGUAAGCUACCUGUGCCUUGUAACAAACUAUAUAUGUAUAUGUGUAUAUAUAUAUAUGUAUAUAUUAGAGACAAAAAAAGGGGGAUACAGAUAUAAAACAGCUCGUACGUAUAUAGACAUAUAUAAAAAAUAAAAAAAAAUAAAAAAAAAAAAAUAAAAAAAAUAUAUAUAUAUAUAUAUAUAUAUAUGUAUACAUACAUACAUAACUCUUACGGUAAUCUAUUCGAAAUAAUCGUUGCCGUCUCUUCUGAAACAAAAAGGAAAAAAAAAAGAAAAAAAAAGAAAAAAGAGAACCCUUCUCAGAAUUUCAUUCAGCGUACGUGUGUGCGAAGAAAGAGCGAGAGAACGAGAGAGCGAGAGAUUAAGAGAGAGUGAGAGAGAGAGAGAGAGAGAGAGAGCGAGCGAGCGCAAAAGAGAGAAAGAGAAAAAUGAAGAGCUGCGAAUUGGAAGAGGAAGGAAAAGGAAGAAGAACAGAAACAAAGAGAACAAAAAAGAAAAAAAAAAAAAAGAAGAAAUAUGUUGUUGAAUAAAAUAGCAAUAAUCGAAUCUCAGACUGAAUUAUAAUUGAAUAUUAUACCGCAAUCUUUGUUGUCGCGACAGCGACGCGUGAGCGUGUUAAUUAUUAUAAAUACUGUUACAGUGUCUUGCUACAUUUGGGGAGAUUGAAAUAAAAUCUCGAUGCUCGAAAA